AUGCGCAACUGCUGCGUCUCGCUGCUGCCGCCUAUCAGACACCCCGUACAGAGCCGCGCGCGCAGUGCAGCAGCUGCAGCAGCAGCAGCUGCUGCUGCUGCUGCUCUCCGAGGCCCCACAGGCACCGUCAACGUCACCGCAAGUGCUGCAGAAAAGUUCCUCGGCGACGGCAGCAAAGGCACAAGCGCAAGUAGCAGCAGCAGCAGCAGCAGCAGCAGCAGCAGCAGCAAAUUUGCUACCCGACAGCUGCAGCGGCUGCGUAGCUCGUUGACGCUGAAGGACCGAAGACCCUCGGGCGUCUUGAGCUCCCCCCUCAGCGAUGCUUCCAUCAUCUCCUCAGCGGUCUCCACCGCCACAGAACUAUCACACUGCUGCCGCCUAUCAGACACCCCGUACAGAGCCGCGCGCGCAGUGCAGCAGCUGCAGCAGCAGCAGCAGCAGACGGACGAUGGGCUGGGUGCGGCGCCGCAAGAACCGGGGAGACGUCCCCCAGCGCUGUCGGCUGCAACGGAGAAAGUUUCUCUUCCUCCUAGCAAGGACUUUCUUAGUAUCCCUCGGCCAGUCUCAGGGCCUUCUGUCUUCGUGGAUGCAACAGAGCCGAAGCAGGGGAAGGGGCCCGGGGGUGCGGAGCCCCUAACGGUGAGCAGCAGCUUCUCUGCGCCGCUGCCUCUGGCGCAUGCAGACAGCAGCAGCGAGGCUGUAUGUCAGGUGCUGAGCCCGCAUCCAUCAUACAAGUUGCUGCUGCUAUCGUCAACAGUGUUGCUGCAUAACAGCAGCGGAUUGCCGCUUGAAAUCUGCUUCUUAGAUGCUGAUCUCAACCCCCUGCUGCUGCCAGCAGCACACGGGGCCUCCGCCUCCCUCGAGGCAAUAGGAGAGGGGCCCCCAAGUGCAUGCAAGAGGGGCCGGCUCUCUGCUGAGCCGCCGUCGUCACUACACCCCGACUUGCUGCGGGUGCCAGCGUGGAUGCUGCAGCGGGAAGAGCGGUGGAAGGAGCUGCAGCAGCAGGAGACGCAGCAGCAGAAGCAGCAGCUGAAGCUGCUGCUGCAGGCAGCAGCAGCCACCAAAUCCCCAAACCUAAAGCGUGCUGCAUCAGCCCCUCUCAGGAGAGCAGCAACAGAGGCCUACACUCGAUCUGCUGCUUCACAGCUGCAUAUUGAGGGACGUAAGGGGGCAUUGCCAGCAGAGAAGGAGCUGAAACGGGUGACGAUAUUUCCUUCAUUGACUCUGGUCAAUGCAACUACAACAGAGCUGGAUGUGUGUAUAACUCCUUCUUCUUCUUCUUUUAAAAGCAGCAGAAGACAACUCGCAGUAGCAUCUGCAUGCAGCAGAACAGCAGAAGCAGCCCUGAAACAGCUGCAUGCACUGCAGCAACGACCCCUACUCAGCGCCACCCUAAGAAGACGUUCAACAUUCCUUGUCUAUGAAGUUCCACCCAAUAGACCUCUUCGCUUUCGCAUGCGUUUCGCAAUGCUAGAAGGAGCAGAAUGGUCGCCUGUUAUAUCAGACCUCCUCAGCACACAGGACGAGGUGGUCAGCCGCGUGUUGCUGCCUUCAGGGCACCAUGCUGCAGUUGAAUUGGAGGUGCUGCAUGAUACUGCAGAGGUAAUGCCUUUUCUUCCUUAUGUCUCUCAGCAGCAGCUGCUUGCUGUCAUCGCUGCACCCCGCGCCUUCAUCGAUCGCACUGGCCUGGGGGUACGCCCAGUGCAGGAGGGUCGUUUCUUUCCUGAGUUUGACGGCCAGUAUCUCUUAGGCGAUUCCACUGAGCGAGAAGAUGGAUCCUUCUGA